AUGGCCGACAACGAUGAUGCUGGUGCAUCCGUCUCGGAGCCUCUUGAUCUUGUUCGUCUCUCACUAGAUGAGAUUGUGUUUGUCAAGCUCCGCGGAGACCGCGAGCUCAAGGGCCGUCUUCAUGCAUACGAUAGCCAUUGCAACCUCGUAUUAGGGGAUGUGGAAGAGACCAUCUAUGUGGUGGAAGAGGAUGAAAAUGAACAAGAAAUCACGCGGACAAUCAAGAAACAAGAAGAGAUGCUGUUCGUGCGAGGCGAUUCCGUCGUUUUGAUUUCCCCUCAGGCCUAA